AUGGCCUCAACUUUGUUGAAAAUUCUUGUUUUAGCGACGAUUUUUAGCUGUGUGAGCUGCCAGCAUUUGAAGGUUCCGGCGUCGGAAUUUGCGGCAUCAGUGAGGUUCACCAUUGAAAUAAUCCGGCAACUGAUCUCCAAGGUGUCCCGCUUCCCCAUCUUAAUAUUUUCCGAUUUCCGUCUGCGUAAUGCCGUCUCCGAUUGCCUUCUUCUCAUGGAUCUCUCCGUCGAUCAGUUGACCCAGACUCUUUCUGCUUCACUCAACCCCACUGGCAAUGACAGCGUCACCGGGAAUGUGAACGCCGAUAUGCUAACAUGGUUGAGUGGAGCACUGGUCAAUCAAGAAACUUGCAAAGAAGGAUUUGAUGACAUAAAUGAUAUUAUCAAAGGUGUGGUUGGUGGCAUUCUAGACCGAAUCACCUCAUCAGUGUAUAGUCUUCUUUUAAACAUUAAGCCCAUAACUACUACACCAUUCCGCGGCGGCAACAAACAAAUCUCUAGUAAGAAUCUCCCCAAUUGGUUAAAAUCUCACGACCAGCGUCUCCUUGAUGGCUCGACCAAUAAGACGGUCGAGCAUGUGGUGGUGGCUGCCGAUGGGACGGGGGAUUUCACUAGGAUUAUGGAUGCUGUUGAUGCAGCCCCGGAGCGUAGAAGCGAAAGAUUUAUUAUACACGUAAAAAAAGGUGUCUACCAAGAAUAUGUGGUGAUUAAUAAGGACAAAUGGAAUAUAAUGAUGUUUGGAGAUGGAGUGAAUUUUACGGUUAUUACGGGCAAUCGGAACUACGUCGACGGCUGGCGCACCUACAGCUCCGCCACAUUCAGUGUGAAGGGGAAAGGGUUCUUCGCACGGGACAUAACCUUCGAGAACACGGCCGGGCCGGAGAAGGAACAAGCGGUCGCCUUCCUUUCCGACUCCGACCUAUCGGUCCUACACCAUUGCGCUUUCUACGGCUACCAAGACACCUUAUACGCCCACUCCCAACGCCAAUUCUACAGCGAAUGCUACAUCACGGGCACUAUCGACUUCAUCUUCGGUGAUGGCGCGGUCGUGUUCCAGAGCUGCCACAUCGUGGCUCGGAAGCCUCUCGACAAGCAAAAGAACGCGAUCACGGCCCACGGCCGACAGAAGCAGCUUGAGACCACGGGAUUCUCGAUCCAAUUCUGCAACAUCACGACCGUGCCGGAGUUGGUAAACUCGACAACGGAGACGUAUUUAGGGCGGCCGUGGAAGAUGUAUUCGCGGACCGUGAUUAUGCAGUCCUACAUUAGCGGCGCGAUCAUGCCCAAGGGGUGGCUCGAGUGGAACGAGGAUUUCGCGCUUGACACGCUCUACUUCGGCGAGUUUAUGAAUUACGGACCGGGUGCGAGAGUGGAAGACCGGGUGAAGUGGCCCGGCUACCGUGUGUUUAAUAGUUCGGCGGAAGCGGCUAACUUUACCGUUGCUCAGUUUAUUAUCGGGAACACGUGGCUGCCUUUGACUGGUGUGAGGUACACUGCGGGACUGGGAAUGUAG